CCUGGGUGGCGUGACGACGGGGUCGAACGUGGUGUCGCCGCUCACUCCGUCAAGUCCGGGACCCCGCGGGUCGGCUCGGUACCCGUGGCCUCUGCGUCCUUCUGCGAGCCGCAGGGUUGGGAGGCCUGCACCCUCUGGCGCAUGCGCUGCCUUGCCGGAUGCCUACUGCGUUCGUUCGUAGGGUCAGAGGUCAAGGGGAAGGUCUGAGAGAAAGUGGCGACUUCUGCGUUCCAGUGCCACUAACUUUGGGGCAGUCACUUAACAUGUGAGGAUGACAGCUUGUGACAUCUGUCAUGAAGCCUUGCUCAGAGCUAACUCAGUACACUGGUGAUGGUCAGGGUGUUUUGGUGUGAACUGCAGAUGAGAAGUAGAAAGGGGAGGUGCAUUAAGUAAGUUGAGGGGCUGCGAUACGUGAGGUGCCAGAUGUAUCGUCUGACUUCAUUCAUGCUGCCACGGGCCUUGGUUCAGGCCAUACGCACAGGACAUCUCAGUGGCCGAAGUCUCCAUAGCAGUGCAGUGGCAGCAACUUAUAAGUAUGUGAAUGUACGGGAGCUUGAGAUGGACAUGAAGUCCGUGACUGACCGCGCAGCUCGGACUCUGUUGUGGACAGAACUUAUCCGAGGACUGGGCAUGACCCUGAGCUACCUCUUUCGGGAGCCUGCCACCAUCAACUACCCAUUUGAGAAGGGACCACUGAGUCCACGCUUCCGUGGGGAACACGCAUUGCGCCGCUACCCAUCUGGGGAAGAACGCUGCAUCGCCUGCAAACUCUGUGAGGCUGUCUGUCCUGCACAGGCCAUCACCAUUGAGGCUGAGCCAAGAGCUGAUGGCAGCCGCCGGACUACACGCUAUGACAUUGACAUGACCAAGUGUAUCUACUGUGGUUUCUGCCAGGAGGCCUGCCCUGUUGACGCAAUCGUGGAGGGCCCCAACUUUGAGUUCUCCACUGAGACACAUGAGGAGUUGCUGUACAACAAGGAGAAGCUGCUCAACAAUGGGGACAAAUGGGAGGCUGAGAUUUCCGCCAACAUCCAGGCUGACUACCUGUACCGGUGACCUGGCCACUUGGCUCAGGCCUCUGGCCCCUGCUGCCCAUAAAGAAGCUAUGAUCCCACAA